CGAGCGAUGGCAUGAAGUCGAGCGAGGAUAAGGUCUCUCACUCGGACAGCAUCGCUGUAGUGCAGGACGAUGUCGACACGAACGUUCGCACCGCCUCUUCGAAAAAAGAAAGGGCUCUUCCGGCCGAGUUCUACUCGUCGUACCUGUCCGAUGCCGCGAAAGAGCGCAAACCUAGUCCCAUUCGGGGCUUGUUCCCGUUGGAGGCUACGCCUGGUGUUAUAUCGCUCCUCGCCGGGAAGCCGAAUGCGAUCACGUUCCCUAUUACUGGAAUGUCAUUGGAUGUAGCAUCUCCGUCCGACCCCUCUCAAAGCCGAACCAUCAAGGUGGAAGAAUCGGAUCUGAAAGCUGGCUUGCAAUACGGUCCGACUGCGGGUUUCCCUCCCUUACUCGAUUGGAUUACUAAGCUUCAAGAGAUCUCGCAUGGACGGAAGAGCGGCGACACUUGGAGAGUGUCUAUGGGCAAUGGCAGUCAGGACCUGAUAUAUAAGGCCGUUCAGGCGAUGGUAAAUCGCGGAGACGCCGUCCUCCUGGAGAAGCCCAUGUAUGCAGGCGUCAUACCAAUGUUCCAAGCCCUACAUUGCGAGAUGAUCGAGGUGGACACUGAUGCGGAGGGGAUCUCUUCCCAUUCGCUGCGAAAUAUAUUUGAGAACUGGCCAGCUGGGAAAACGAAGCCGAAAGUUCUAUAUACAGUACCAUAUGGGUGCAAUCCCACAGGUAUGACUGCGACCAUUGCUCGGCGGAAGGAAGUCAUCGCCCUAUCUCGGGAACACGGUUUCAUCAUCCUGGAAGAUGACCCUUACUUCUACCUCUACUAUGGACCCGAGCCUCGGCCCCCGUCCUACUUCUCGCUCGAGGCGGAGCAGCCCGAAGUGGGGAGGGUUUUGCGGUUCGAUAGUCUUUCGAAGAUCCUCUCUUCAGGCAUGCGAAUUGGCUUCGUAAGCGGGCCGGCUGCGCUUAUCGGUGCUAUGGACAUGCACACGGCGACUGCCAACUUACAAUGCGUGGGCUUGACACAAUCGAUCACGUACACGCUUCUCCACGCCUGGGGACACGAUUCUUUCCUUGUGCACACGCGUAACGUAUCGGCGUUCUACAGGGAGAAAUGCGCAGUCUUCGAGUGGGCGAUGAAUGAAUACCUCACGGGCCUGUGCGAGUGGACGCCCCCGCAAGCCGGCAUGUUCUUUUGGUUCAAGCUUCUCGUCCCUGGUGGCGACUCGGAGAGCAUCAUUCGCAAGAAGGCAUUCGAGCAAGGCGUGCUCGCGCUGCCCGGCACCGUCUUCUUGCCUAACGGCGAUAAGACCGCAUAUGUUCGGGCAUCUUUCAGUCUCCUAGACGAGAAGGACGCUGUCGAGGCCAUCAAACGGCUCAGGCGCGUGCUCUUGGACGUACGCGGCGAGCACGGGGAGGUCUAAUAUCGUCCCAAAAGUCGAAUAAAACAGUUUCGUAGCAUCUUAAAAUUGAAGUUACCCUGUGAACAUGC